AAUGUGUUUGUAACUGCCGUAUAUCUUCUUUGUUGUACGAUUUAAACCGAAAUAUAACUAUUUUUUUUCGCAAUUUGAUAUUUGUUUAAAAUGGUUUAUGGGUAUUUAGAUACUGCCAUUUUAUGCUAUUCCUUUCCAAGGAGGAUGUGCGGUUUUAGUUUAAAUUAAGUGCGUUGCAUGCUAGCUGAGGAAACAAUUCCAAUGAACCAUCCAAGCCUGUAUACUCCAGGUGGAUGACCAUGCAGGUGCUUAAUUUUCUUAUCAAAGAAUAUUUCUGAAUGUCUCCAUGAAGUAAAGAUUAUACCUUCUGAAGUAAAGGACAAGCUUAUCAAAAUAAUGAUUUGGAAUGGAACUCUGAAUGACCAGAAUAUUAGUCAGGUGAUUCAUUCCAGACUGCAAAUGCUAAACCUUCAGAACUGUAAUAUAUCUGAUGAGGCCUUAAGGCAACUUGGUAACUGCAAACAGCUGAAGAUGAUUAAUGUAGGGUUCCGUUCUGGAGAAAGAGUAUCUAUAACCUCAGCAGGAAUUAUAAGUAUUGCAUCAUCCUGUCCUUCAUUAAAAGAAGUGUACUUGGAAAGGUGUUCAAAUGUGUUAGAUGAAGGCAUUUUGGCAAUUGCACGCAACUGCAAGCAUCUUCAGAUAUUGAAUAUUGGCAGAUGUUCAAAUAUCACAGAUAGUGCCCUCUAUGCACUUGGACAAAAUAGUUGCUUUUUGCAGUCUGUCAAGUUUUCUGCUACCAAGGUAACUGAUGAUGGUGUUACAGCAUUGGUCAGUGGUGUUUGUUCCCAGAGCUUAAAGGAGGUUUACAUGGACCGCUGUGUAAAUCUUACAGAUGGAAGCGUAGAAGCUGUACUUAACUGUUGUCCAAAGUUGCAUAUCUUCAUUUUCCAUGAGUGUCCUUUAAUCACAGAACGUUCAAGAGAAGCACUUUAUCCAUUCCUGAGGUCCAAUCAAAUUAAGCAGUUAACAUGGACGGUUUAUUAAUCUGCAUGUGUGUAUGACAAGACAGGAUCACAUGGGUAGUUGAAGAGGAUGGUAAAGCAACAAAGAUAUUCCCACGAAGAAGUCACACUACUGGAGAACAGCCAAGAUAUGCAAAGGAAUACAUUUAUCAGAAGGACUAUGAGUUCUUAUUAGGAAUGUAGACUGAGACAAGUGGCUUGUCUAGUUUUCUUGCUGUAACUGCAUCAUUUAACCGAGCCCACAUACCUGUCUUGCUGUUUUAUUAUCAUCCUUGCCGUCUUCUCUUUGAUUGCCCCAUUUUUUUUCAUUAUCUUUAUCUUGGUCUUACCAUUCCUCUAAUCUAACAUCCUUGUAAGAAAAUUUUGAAUAAAACUACAUGUUUGUGAUGUGAACAGUACCAUUAACAACCUGUUAAAUAAAUUAUCUUACUAUUUA